ACUGAGGAGUUCAAUGUGGUUUUUGGAUGUGGAUAUAUGCGUUUUUCAGUGUAGCAUAAGAUAACACAUUAAAAAGAACACAGACAUGACGAGUACUCACCACAAAACGCAUUUCCUGAAUUGAAGACGAGGAGAAAUGAGAAUGCAACUGCAGAAGAAGAAGUCUUCAGCAUCAGUACCAACAGAAGAAACUCUCUUCUUUAUAACAAAAACGGCUAUUUAAGUCAAGGAGAUAAAUCCUAAGAUCAGCAAUGUUGAAUUCUACAUGUCCACAUUCAGAACGCCAGAAUGUGGUUUUUGUCACCGUGUAUUCAGUGGUCUUCAUAUUUGGACUGACGCUCAACGUCACCGCACUUGUAAUUUUUUUCCGCAACUCUAAAUCACAGUCGCACACCACCACGUACAUGGUUCACCUAGCCUUUGCUGAUGUUCUUCUGGUUUGUAUGCUUCCAGUGCGGAUCUUUUACCACACGGGGUUGGGGAUUCCGCCCCAGCAAUUAUGUGAUGUUACCGGUCUCGUAAUGCUAACUAACAUGUAUAGUAGCAUCCUCCUCCUCACAUGCAUUAGCUUUGACCGUUGCAUAGCAGUGUGCUUCCCGUUGUCUUCUCGAGUCCGUGAGGGCCGCAAGAAAGCAUGGUGCAUGUGUCUGGGAAUCUGGAUCCUAACAAUUGGAACGAGCUUUACGGUCUAUUUAAAAAAUAAUCACAAUGCCACUAAUACGAGCAUCAUGUGUUUUGGAAAUUUUCCGAGCUAUGCCACUCAAACAUCUGCUCUCAUUUCCACGCUAAUUGUUGGGUUUGGGAUCCCACUAACCCUUAUGAUUAUCAGCUCAUGGGGGCUCGUCCGGGCUAUAAGCAAAAGCACGGCUGUCCAGACUAGUGACCUAGUAGACAGUGGAAAGAUUAAAAGGAUGAUAAUAACUAACUUGGCGAUCUUUCUGUUCUGUUUUCUGCCUUAUCACGUUAUGCUUGUGGUACUUUAUGCCUAUGAAAAGACCACACCGUGCUCACUGUUAGCCGCCUACCGGUACAGCCUCAUGGUAGCUUGCCUGAAUGCAAUGCUCGACCCCCUGGCCUACUACUUCACAACAGAGACGUUUCGAAGGAAAAUGGACGUUGAGACUGCCGCUGUACGCAAAAAAUGGCAAACAAACAGUCACAGCUCGGACGGAAACAACCGUUCACGUGCCCCGCUCACAACGUAAGCGGCAGCUGAACUCAACUCCGAAGAUGAAAAUGAAUGUUUUGCAGGUCUCGUGCUUACAGUGAAUUGGUUGACAUGAAAGUUCUCACAUAGAUUUCGGCUGUAAUAGGAAGGAAACAUCUAGAGAUAAGAGAGUUCAGUCGAAUAUGACUCAUACGUUUAAAAACAAAGAAUGAAGAAAAAAGGAAGCCACAAGUCUUUUCAGUCCUGAACUGCUGUCUGCAUGCAAACAAUGUUUGCAAAUAAGUGUAAUGUAAAGUUUAAGUUCCUUUUUAGAGGGCCUUGGUUUUUCUCACAUAUGCAAGAUUGACAAUUUAAGACCAUUAAUUAUUAUUUAUGAACAUGUUCUAUGAGCAUAUCCACAUGUAUAUAUUUGUAAAGUUUUUACAUUUUUUAAACGAUUCAUAGCCUUUCAGUUGUGCAAUGGUGUUUUGUUGUUGUAUUUGUUACUGUUUGUAAGCAUAAUUUUGCAUGUAUUUUUGAAAUUUACAUAAAAUAAUAUAUGUACAUAUGUGUUUAAUUUAAGUUUAAUUGUUUAGAAUUUACUGUUACUUUUGAACGUUUUAGAAUUAGUAUAGUGAAAUUGUUUUAAAAAAAACACCAAACCCUCUUUCCUGCCCAUUUCUACACCCUUCCCCCUCUCUAGUCUCACAUCCGUUUGACCUGGUGUGCAUAGCUUGUUCUGAGCAUAACGAAAAUCUUCUCAUGUGUAUAUGUUAAUAAAAGUGUUUAGUCUCUU